AUGGGCUCCUCACAGGAGGAAGAUAGACACAGCGCAAAGGUUCCUUUAGAGAAAACGACAAGCCAUGAUGAGGGCAUGCCAAGUCGCGAAGCUUUGCUUGAAGCUCUUCGAUCCGAAAAGCCAUCGCCAUGGUCACCGAAUCUGAGAAAGUUAUACACUUUUUGCUUGAUUGCUUUCCUCUGUUCGACAAUGAAUGGAUAUGAUGGAUCCAUCUUUGGAUCACUUCCUGCAUUGGACUCCUUCCGGGAACAAUUCGGAGUUGAGAAGAACGGUUCGAAAAUCGGAUACAUCUCCGCCAUGUACACCGUUGGUGCAAUCUGCUCUCUUCCAUUCAGCGGUCCAGCCUGUGAUUUCCGAGGAAGAAAAUGGGGCACAUUUAUCGGGUGUAUCAUUGUGGUUGCUAGCACCUUCGUCUCCGCCCUUUCCCGCGGCGUGCCUCAAUUUGUCGCAGGUCGAUUCUUCCUCGGAUUCGGAGUCAACAUCAUUCGAUCAACGAGUUCCAUCUGGUGUGCUGAGGUCUGCCCUCCUGCCUAUCGUGGUAUCAUCAUGGCCUUUUACAACUGCACAUAUGCAGUCGGCUCGCUCAUUGCCGCUGGCGUUACGCGAGGGUCAGCAGGAUAUGGCGGCAAACUGUCCUGGCAGAUCCCGUUAUGGUGUCAAAUGAUCUGUCCGGGCAUCGUGCUCCUUACCGUCCUAUUCUUCCCUGAGUCCCCGCGUUGGCUUUUCUCGCACGGCAAAGAAGAACAAGCACUAGAAUUCCUGGCCUUCUACCACGGCGAAGGAAACCCCGACCAUCCACUCGUGCAACUCCAACUGCAAGAAUAUCGAGAAUUCAUCUCGCUUUCCGGAUCCGAUAAGCGCUGGUGGGACUUCAGCGACUUUUACAAGAACAAAGCAGGAAGAUGGCGAUUUAUCAACGCUCUCAUUACUGGCAUCUGGGGUCAAUGUUCCGGUAACGCUGUCGUCACGUACUAUCUUCCGGCAAUGCUUCUGACAACCGGUAUCACGGAUUCGGAACAAGUCUUGAACGUCAAUCUGGGAUAUACCGUCGUUUCGACUGUGGCAUCAUACCUCGGCGCAAGCCAGAUCGAAAGAAUGGGCCGUCGACCCACAAUUAUAUGGACGGCCGUCGCAUGCUCAGUCUGCUUUGCCUGUAUCACGAUCGGAUCUGGGCUCUUCGCACAUACCCACGCUAGCUCCGCCGCGUCGGCCGGGAUCGCCUUCAUCUUUAUCUUUGGUUUCUGCUACAAUUUCGGAAUGACACCGUUGCAGGCGCUGUACCCAGUUGAAGCCCUUUCCUACGAGACACGAGGGAAGGGCGUCGGAUUGACCUUCUCGAUUGCCCACGGCUUUACCCUUCUGAAUCAGUUUUGUUUCCCGGUGGCUUUGCAGAAGAUUGGAUGGUAUACAUACAUUGUGUUUAUUGUUUGGGAUCUUUUCGAAGCGACUGUCAGUUACUUUGUUUCGGUUGAGACGAAGAAUCAUACUCUGGAGGAAUUAUCGGAGAUUUUUGAAAGUCCGAAUCCUGUCAAGGCUUCGUUACAGAAACCUCUGGCUGGAGGUCCUUGA